UUGUACAGACCGCCGACAUUCGUGACAAUGGCUUUUCCGCGAGUGGCAGAGGCACGAUGUGUCUAAUUCCAAACAAUAUUUUCGCUUUCUCGACGACAAAUCACCAUUCCAAGCGGUAGACUCUAUCACGAGCGAGUGCUUUUACUGCAGCAGGGAAAACUUCGGACAGUAAUGGUUGCCAUCUGAUCUGCCGUCUCUUGACUCCAUCAUCAGCACAGAAAGCAUGGCACAUUUUGGACCUACAGCUCGUAAGGACCCCCCCUGGUCUCAGCUGGGAGCCCCCGGCAUGGGCCAGGCGGUCAUGUCAGCCCAGGGACCAGCCCUCAUCAGCAACCCGCAGGCAGCAGCGCCGGCCGGUGUUUACAGCCAGCUCGGCGGGCCAGGGGUGCAGCAGAGCAUAUCACAGGCCAGCGCCUACCAGAUCCAACAGCAGCAACAACAACAGCAACAACAGCAGCAGCAGCAACAGCAACAACAGCAGCUGCUCGCCCAGCAGCAACAGAUCCAAGUCAACCAGAUGAACGCACUGCAGUCAAACAUGGCAGCCCCGGCCCUCGCCCAGAACUCCCAGGGAGCGGUGGGCGUGUCGGCCACCCAGUUGACGGUCAGCUACCCGGCGCCCCGCUCUGCCCAGGCUCCCCAGCCCAAGCAGCGGGUCUUCACGGGGACCGUCACCAAGAUGCACGACACAUUCGGCUUUGUUGAUGAGGACGUCUUCUUCCAAACGACGUCAGUGAAAGGCCCAAUGCCCAAGGUCUUGGAGAGAGUUUUAGUUGAAGCAACCUACAACCCUAACAUGCCCUUCAAAUGGAACGCCACCCGGAUUCAAGUCCUGCCCAGUCAGCAGCAACAACAGCAACAGCAGCAGAGCGUGCCCCUCCUGAAGGCACCCCCGGGUCAAGGUUUGAUGGGCCAGGCGCCCCCCGCAGUCAUGGGAAUGCAAGCCCAGGUCAACCUAGCCCAGCAGGCCCAAGGGAUGACCCCCGUCAUAGCCCCCUCCGGUCCCGGUGGACCGGGUCUACUGGCCCAUCCCCAGGGCCCGCCCAUCCAAGUUCAGCGUCGCCCGGAACCGGUCCGUGCCGAGCCCCUGCGCUCCUCCUACGACCAGCGCGAGCGGGAACGCGAGGCCCGCCGUCGCGAGCGGGAGCAGGAACGGGAACGCGACCGGGAGCGCGAGAGGGAGCGGGAACGCGACCGGGAACGCGAGCGGGAGCGAGAACGGGAGCGGGAGCGCGACCGUGACCGGCGGCGUCAGGAGCGGGAGAAGUCGCCGCCUGUGCGCCACCGCUCCUACUCCCCACGCCGGUCGCCUAAGAGGACCCGCCGCCCAGCCCCUCGCUACGUGGUGCAGAUUGCCAAGCACUCGCUGGACGUGUACCAGUCCAAUGUGAUUGAGCUGCGCAGACGGUACAGCAACAUGUACAUCCCCAGCGACUUCUUCCGCUCCACCUUCACCUGGCAAGAUGGCUUCCCCCUCUCCCGCCCCCUGGGCAUCGGCAGCAGCUGUGCCUUCCACGUCAUGAGCAAGGACGUGGAGCCCCUUGAGAAGAAUGACGCGGUGCUGGAGCCGCCCGAUGCCAACUACAAGUACUCCGCAAAGGUGAUGCUCAUGGCCUCCUCCUCGCUAGAGGACUUCUACGAGCAGUGCUGCUCUCGGCCCCAGGACCUCAGCGAGGUGCGGGAGAACUUCCAGCACCCCACCCGCCUCAUCAACUUCCUGGUGGGCCAGAAAGGCAAGAAUGAGGCCAUGGCCAUCGGCGGGCCCUGGUCCCCCUCGCUGGACGGCGCCGACCCGGUCAAUGAUGACACCGUGCUGAUCAAGACAGCAAUCCGUACCACCAAGGCGCUGACGGGGAUUGACCUGAGCGAAUGCCUACACUGGUACCGCUUUCUCGAGCUCCAUUAUCACCGACCGGAGCGGAUCUCCAAGUCCCAGCUAGUGCCCGCCAGUGUUGAAACUGUGGUUAUUUUCGUUCCGGAUGUAUGGCAUCUUUUACCCACCAGGGCGGAGUACGAGGGGCUAGGCGCCCGCUACAAGAAGCGACUGGAGGAGAGGCUAGCAACGCAGGAGCGCCAGCCCGCAGGCAAAUCCUCCAGCACUGGAGGGGACAUGGCCGGCGACACACAGGAGGACGAAGACGGAUCGGAAUCUUCGGUUAACAUGACCCCAACACAUCACCGUCUGCUCGACCCUAAAACUAUGAAGGUGAACGACCUGCGGCACGAGCUUGAGUGCCGCGGCCUGAACUCCAAGGGCCUGAAGUCACAGCUGAUUGCCCGCCUCACUAAGGCCCUCAAGACAGAGGCGGAGAAGGAGGAGGAGGAAGGGGGCGAGGGGGGCUCGGAGGGCCCCUCGGGGACCGAGAAGGAGGAGCCGUCAGGCAAGGAGAGAGAUGCCAAAGAGGACGACGAGAUGGAGACGGACCAACAGAAGGAGGACAAGCGAAAGCUAAGCGACGAGAAGCUGCGGCGGGACCUGGAGCGCAAGACCACCCUGCCGGACGGCCCCGCCAUCGUGGUCCACCCGUCGCCCACCGCCAAGAGUGGCCGCUUUGACUGCAGCGUGGUCUGCCUGAGCGUGCUGCUGGACUACCGGAUCGAGGACAACAAGGAACACUCCUUCGAGGUGUCGCUGUUCGCCGAACUGUUUAAUGAAAUGCUUCAAAGAGACUUUGCUUUCAACAUCUACAAGGCGCUCUAUCGAGCACCGGAGAGGAAAGACAAGGAUAAGGACAGAAAGGACAAGGACGAGCCCAAGGCCAAGAAACGGAAGACGUCCGACGAGAAAGGAGAGAAGGAUCGCGACGACAGAAAAGACAGAGAUGUAGACAAGGAUGAUGAGAGGAUGGAGGAUGACGACGAUGCGGGAGACGACGAUGAUGAAGAUGGAAGAAGCGACGCGGAUGAUGACGACGACACCGAUGACAGGCGGCGACCAGACGACCGGAAGCGCGACAGCCGGAAGAAGCCGCGACGGGCCAAACUGGAGACGGUGGACCCCACCCUGCUCCUGUCCUGCGUCUACUUUGACCAGAAUCACACCAACUACCUGGUGGACCGAGACGUGGAGGAGAUCAUUCACAGCAUCGGCCUGCAUCUCUCCCGAUCACAGGUGCGAAAGAUCGUUCAGAAAGUCGUCUCCCGAGACGCCAUGUCCAGGGAAAUCUUCAGCUACCGCAAACUGACCGACCGGUCCAAGGAGGACAGCGAGGGAGGCAAGACUGAGCAGCAGGUCAACGGCAUGGCGACAGACGCAGAGUUAGCCAAAGGUAACUACGAGCUUCUGAAGGGGGAUGCUUCGGCAUCCUCAAAGGCCAAGUCAGAAGAGGCCGAGACAGAGAAGGGUCUGAUCACCUUCCAGGGCAGCAUCAUCGACGUCCGUAACCUCCUGCAGAAGGUAGAGAAGAGCAACCAGGAUCGCCUGACGGCCGAGCGCAAGAUUGAGGAGAUGGAGUUUAUCGUUGAUAAUCUCCGCUCCAAUGCCACCUCCUCAGAGGCCAACGCCCGGGGGAUGGUGGCCAACCUGGACGACAUCCGCAAGCGGCUCUACACAACGGAGAAGCAGCUCAAGGCAGCCGAGCGGCAGGCCCAGACCUACCGGGAGGCCAUCCUGGCCUCCAAGAAAUCGCUGGGCCAGGCGACGGCCAAGCUAGAGGAGGCCUUGACAGAGAAGAAGGCCGACGGCGACAAGGAGGCGAAGGCCAAAAUGGAGGCCAAGAAAGAAGAGGAGGAACCGCCGAAGGAAAAGGAGGCCAAACCGAUCAUCAAAGAGGAGAAAUAAUCGACGCCGUUUUUUAGCAAGGUUUUUAGCAACACCAACCUUGUCCCCUACCUGUUUCAAAUUCCGAGAUACUUCAGAUUUUAUUGUGUGCAUUUUGUGAAAGGUCCUUUUGGAAUUGGAGAUGGGUGUCCUUGCUUGGCAAGAGAGUUAAACAUGGCACUUUUUUUAGGUCUCACGAGUGUCAUGCUGCUGUCUUUUGCGGGGGGUCUGCAAGUAAGCUAUGGCAUUUUCGGUUUUGAAACGUUACGAUGAUGUUAACAUUUCUACCGUGCAUUUUCCGAGGAAAUUUUCAUCAGAUGUAUCCAGUUUUCUGACGUACCCAGUUGCCAGCCAUUGAGUUUGGAUGGAUUAGAGUUGAUACACUUGCUGACUAUUGAACCGUGGUUCUCGGCUUUAUCCCAAAAAUCGCGGCUUGCGGCUACUUGCCGUAGGUGUGUGUGUUACCGUAAUCCUCCAGCCAGUUUAUUUGUGGUUACACUCACAAAAGUCUGAGUUCAGGGGUGUGCAUUUUUUCGUCUGCCUGAGUCCACUUUACAUUCACACGCGUGUGCACCCACGCACGCCACGCCAGAGUUGGACAAGCCCGAUUCAACCACUCAUCCAGAGUGUCUCCGUCAAACUCUCAACUAGAAUGCGGACACCGUGACCUCUGACGCGGCUGUAUCAUUUUCACAGGAACAAAAAAAGGUGACUUCGUCCACAGCGUAGCAAUGUAAGCUACCUCUCCUCCAGUUUGUAUCAUUCAAUCUUGAUGUUUUCAACUGACCACCAUUUUGUCCAAUCUGCGUUGGCGAUAUUUUCUGAAUUAUCAAUGAUCUACAUAGAUAUAUUGAGUAGCUACCUAGAUAUGCUUAUAUCGGCUAUUUGUUAUAUUGUGGAGUUUAUGUUUGAUUACACUUCAACUCACUGGUAUGAAAUAAUAUGCCACAGAAAGAUGAGCGUACACAGGCAAAACGAUUCAAAAGAAUUAUUUCAUUUGUUUCAUUGUUUCAUAACUAAUUUUUUUGCAGUACUCCAAAGCCAAUUUUUCCUAUUUGAAAAUUGCAGUCUUUUCACAGCUUUGGGGGCGAAAUGCCACUAAUGCAAAACUGAAAGGAUUUUUAAAAUAUGUACAUUAUAUUAAAUCUGUUGUGUUGUUGAUGCGUUUGAUGGAGUGUGCAUUUUUUUUUUAACGAAACCUAAACAGCACCGACCAAAAAUUUUUCGGGUUUACAAAAUGUACAAGCUGAGUGUACUCCAUAGCUUUCUUGUAUAGCACUUUUAUCUGUACAGUUCGUCACCGUUUUCAGGAAGAGCCACUCAUGGCGAAAAUGGCAUCCCCCCCCAAUUUUUGGUAAUUUUUUGUUCUAAGACAUAGCGGACUGUUUUGACAUGUUUCCUUGAGCAAAACAUCAUUCAUGUCAAAAUGGCAUUGAUGUUGUCGGGGGCCAAAACCUCGAAGGUUAAGAGAGACAAAACUGACUGCCCCGCGUACCUGUACAAAACCUAGUGACUGGAAAGGUCGAAAAGUAAGUCAACUGAGCAUCUCAUGUUCACCAAGAGACAAACAUCUUUGUUACAUUCAAAGCGGUGCACACAUAAACAUGCGUGCCACUUCCCUAUGGAAAAAGACGGUGAACAGUAGGGCGAAAAUGUUGGAUGACGUCGGUUUUCGAUUUCACGAAUGGACACAUGCCUUUGCUAAUUGAUUUUGGCUUAGGCAAACGUUUCUCUCGAAUCAUUUGAAGGGUUUUCUACAGCAUAAGCUUAUUUCGUGAUAAUGUAGUAUAUUUUGUAGUUUUAAAACAGGAGAAACUUCUGCCGAUUAUCUGAAAAACCAGUGUUUCUUCUAAACCUAUGGGGCCUCUUGAAAACGGUGACAAAGUAUGUGCCUAUGUUAGGUACAUUUAUUGUCUUCUGCGUAGCCGAGCGGCUGCUUCGACACGUGUAUGGAUGGACGUUCGUAUUUGUGUGGUCUCCACUUUUUGCUAUCAUGUUUUUGUAUUACAUGUACACCCAUUUAUUCCACCGGAUACCUCAAAAAGUGUAUGGUGCAGGUGCGUUGAAGGUAGUCUGGGGGUCGUUUAAACUGGCUCCCGUGGAGGGAGUAUGUUCCUGUCGACAGUGCAUGGGUUCCCAACGGGAGACUUUGAGAUGCUGGUGGCACCAGACAUACCGGUCCUUUCCUCAACUGUGCACUCAUGCUCAAAACAACGCCAGCAUGUUCAAAACUGGUAAAAAGACUGAUAUGUCUGUCGCCUCCAAGCGUCUCCCAUUGGUGCUCUCGUUCGCGUGAUGGGGACCCAGACAAAUCUCUUGUGCUAAAUUCUUUGUUUUUUUUUUACGUGAAUUGAAAGCUGUCGGAAUGUCUUGACACAACUUGUAUGGAGCAUGAAAUUGUAGAGAAUGGUCAAAGGACAAAUUGACUUGGAUGCUUAAGUUUGCCCUACGCCUACUUAAAAAAUAAGCAGGCUAGACUGUAGACCAAUCAGGCAAGGGACCUUUUGGUAUAAGGUAAUCAUUUUUCUAACAGUAUAAAUAUAAAUUGUAGCAUUAAACAUUGUUGAAAAUUCUCUAUAGAGUUCUGAGCAAAUUAAAGUCUCGUCCUUGUUUCGUUUUAACAUCGAAAUGCA